UCUUUUUUAACGAAAUUAAUUAUAAAUUAAAUUAAUUUCCAUUUUUUUAAUUAAAACAUUUUCGUGCCAAAUCCGCAGUCUCAUUAUACCUGCUUUUUACUCUCCUCUGUUUGUUUAUAUAAUCUUCCCGCUUAUCGAUAUUUUUUCCAAACUAAAAAACAAAACAAACCUCAGAGCUCCAAAAAUGGCGUGCUGCUUCAGUUUGACAGCGACCCGGGACUGGCUCUUACGGCGAUCGUUCUCGGCGGCCGGCCUAAAGUCAUCGACGACCGAUCUCGGCGACGGGACUUUCAUGCAUUGCUGGGUCCCUAUCCACCACAUCGAGUCUAAGCCUACUCUCCUCCUCAUCCAUGGCAUCGGAGCCAACGCAAUGUGGCAGUGGAACGAAUUCGUCCCACUUCUGACGCCACAAUUCAACGUCUAUGUCCCGGACCUCCUCUUCUUCGGCGACUCAUACACGAUCCGACCCGAGAGGUCCGAGUCGUUCCAGGCCCAAUGCGUUGCAGCUGUUAUGGAUGCACACGGCGUGAAGAGGAUGCACGUGGUGGGGAUCAGUUACGGUGGGUUCGUGGGGUUCAGCUUGGCGGCGCAGUUUAAGGACCGGGUGGAGCGGUUGGUGCUAUGCUGUGCCGGGGUGUGUUUGGAGGAUAAGGAUAUGGAUGAAGGAAUGUUUCAGUCGAGGACUGUGGACGAUUCGAUCAGUGUUUUGUUUCCUCAGACGCCGGAGAAGGCCAGGGACUUGAUUCAGCUGUCGUUUUACAAGCCCAUUAAGGGAAUUCCCUCUUUUUUCCUCAGAGAUUUCAUUGAGUACAUGUGCACAUCAUACAUUCAAGAGAGGAAAGAAUUGGUCCAUGCAUUACACAAGGACAGAAAAAUGUCUGAUCUUCCCAAGAUCUUACAGCCAACUUUGAUUAUCUGGGGAGAACACGAUCGCGUAUUCCCAAUGGAGCUGGCAUACCGAUUAGAGAGGCAUAUUGGUGAGAAUGCACAACUAGCGGUCAUAAAAAAUGCAGGGCAUGCCAUAAACGCAGAGAAGCCAAAAGAGAUGUACAAGCAUUUCAACUCGUUCCUCAUUGGUCCACUCCCUCCUUCUAAGCAAGCAAAUGGAAACCACAUCAACGGUCACAAGUUGGACUGAAAAGGUUAAAAAGGUGAAGGAGAAUCUAGAUUUAUUAAUCCCAUUCACCCAAAUCAUGGAUUAAGGUUCAGAAAUAUUAAUGUCUAUCUAAAUUAUUAUACUAGAAUGUGUGUUACAGAAGAGAAACUUUGAAUUAAGACCCAUCUC